GACCUCUCCGGGCCACCGUCGCGGAGCAUGCGCAAAUGGACGUGGCGGGACGUAUAUGUCAUGGCGAGCUCCAUCUGAAGUGUUUCCCGUAUCUGCAGAACGGCGUGUGGUUCUCUCACUUUGGGCUGACUUUACAGAGGAUUUGAGACUAACUGCAGAUAAUCAAGAGAAGAUGCCUUCUGCAUCCUGCGACACACUACUGGAUGACAUAGAAGAUAUCGUGUUACAGGGAGACUUAAAGCCACAAGAUAGGCAUUCUGCACGAAAGCACGUUGUUCCAAAGGCACGAAAGCGAAACACCCAAAAAUAUUUGCAAGAGGAAAACAGUCCACCAAGUGAUAGCACCAUUCCAGGCAUACAGAAAAUUUGGAUGCGAACGUGGGGUUGUUCUCAUAAUAAUUCGGAUGGAGAAUACAUGGCUGGACAGCUAGCCGCUUAUGGAUAUGAAAUUACAGAAAAUGCAUCAGACGCAGAUUUAUGGCUCCUGAAUAGUUGUACUGUAAAAAACCCAGCCGAAGACCACUUUAGAAACUCAAUUAAAAAAGCUCAAGAGGAGAAUAAGAAGAUAGUGCUAGCUGGAUGUGUUCCUCAAGCCCAGCCUCGGCAGGACUACCUUAAAGGACUGAGUAUCAUAGGGGUUCAACAGAUAGAUCGAGUGGUAGAAGUUGUGGAAGAAACAAUUAAAGGUCACUCUGUGAGACUGCUGGGUCAGAAAAAGAAUAAUGGAAAGCGCUUGGGUGGAGCGCGAUUGGAUUUGCCAAAGAUCAGGAAGAAUCCACUGAUAGAAAUCAUUUCCAUCAAUACUGGGUGUCUCAAUGCUUGUACCUACUGCAAAACUAAACACGCCAGAGGAAAUUUGGCCAGUUACCCAAUUGACGAACUAGUAGAAAGAGCCAAACAGUCUUUUCAAGAGGGUGUUUGUGAGAUAUGGUUGACCAGUGAAGACACAGGGGCUUACGGCAGAGACAUUGGCACCAGUCUCCCCGCACUGCUGUGGAAGCUGGUUGAAGUGAUUCCUGAGGGAGCAAUGCUGAGGCUUGGCAUGACCAAUCCACCCUAUAUUUCAGAGCAUCUGGAGGAAAUGGCAAAAAUCCUCAAUCAUCCCAGAGUCUACGCUUUUCUGCACAUCCCAGUCCAGUCUGCCUCUGACACUGUACUCAUGGAAAUGAAAAGGGAAUACUGCGUGGCUGACUUCAAAAGAGUAGUGGAUUUUCUGAAAGAGAAAGUUCCUGGAAUAACUCUUGCUACAGAUAUCAUCUGUGGUUUUCCUGGAGAAACAGAUCAGGAUUUUCAAGAAACAGUGAAACUUGUGGAAGAGUACAAAUUUCCAAGCCUGUUUAUUAACCAGUUUUACCCAAGACCAGGAACUCCUGCUGCAAAAAUGGCACAAGUUCCAGCACAAGUGAAAAAGCAAAGAACGAAAGAUCUUUCUCGGGUAUUCCAUUCUUACAAUCCAUAUGAUCACAAGAUUGGCGAAAGACAACAAGUGUUAGUGACAGAAGAAUCUUUUGAUUCCAAGUUUUAUGUUGCCCACAAUCGAUUCUACGAGCAGGUUUUAGUGCCAAAGAACCCCACAUUCAUGGGGAAAAUGAUCGAAGUGGACAUUUAUGAAUCAGGCAAACAUUUUAUGAAAGGGCAGCCAGUGUCAGAUGCCAAAGUAUACACACCGUCCAUCAACAAACCAUUAGCAAAGGGAGAAGUCUCAGGUUUAACGGAGUUGUUAAGCGCUCCAAAAAAAGUCGGCAGCAAUGACUUCACAUACGGAAAAAUGAGAAGCGAUAUUUAUCUGGCCAUCCAGUUCCAUGAUUGUUUGAAUAUAUGUAUUAUCUUUCCCCUCAAAAUAAAUUGCCAGGGCAUGUUAAUUAAGCGUCGGGCAUAGUGACAAAGAGGGUCCUGUUAUCUAUAUUCUCACUUACUGUGGUGAUGGACUCUGGUGUCCAAACAUGAGUGACGCCUCUCAUGAGCCUGACAGGUGCGUGUGAAGGAUCUGCGGGCACAGCCAUCUGACUGAUAAUGGGGUGACGCAGGCUAGCCUUUGUCAAGGCCCUGCCAACUGUGUGUCAUCCCGCUCAACCAGGAGUGAACUCUAAUACUUGAUAAGCAUACCCAUUCAUGGUUGCUGUUGUUUAAAAAAAAAAAAUCCUUGGGGUUUGGGAUGGAUGACCAGGAAGGAACCAUAGAUUCCAGAAUUUAAAUUCUGUUGCUUAGAGAUUUGACUUCUGAUGUGUUAGCUAAUACUUCGAAAUUUUUAAAGGAAGUUGGCUUGUUGUUGCUGUUGUUUGUUUUUCUACAGAGUGUGUAUUAUAAGGUUGA